CCUAGAAAUGAAAUGAAUUAUAGGCGCCUCUCCUUUUAUCCGUUGUGGCCUGGAUAAUUGGGCGUCCAUCGAUCAUCACAUCCUCCAAAUCGGAAACAAAACAAAACAAAACUCGUCGUCGCCCACAUCUGCUCCAGCAGCAAACCCACACCAAACCCAAGAAAUCAACAACUAGCAAAGAAGAGCAGAGCAGAGCGAGGGGAAUAAAGCAGAGGAAGGGGGAUAGAGUAGAUAGAGAUCUCCGGGGUAGAGAAACAGAGGAAGAAAAAGGCCAUGGCCGCCACUGCUGCCUGCUAGGAGUAGUAUAUAAAGAGCGGCACGCCUCCGCGACCCAGCAGUUCGUCUCAUAUGCUUCGAUCCACGCACCCGCUCAGCCCCAGCAGCUCCAGCGGCGGCAGCUCGGCCUCGGCGUCCGGCUCCGAGAAGAAGAUGGUCGGCGGCGGCGCGCCGAGCGGGGCGAAGCUUCUGCAGAUCCUGAACGUGCGCGUGGUGGGCAGCGGCGAGCGCGUUGUGGUGCUGUCGCACGGGUUCGGGACGGACCAGUCGGCGUGGAGCCGCGUGCUGCCGUACCUGACCCGCGACCACCGCGUGGUGCUCUACGACCUCGUCUGCGCCGGCAGCGUGAACCCGGACCACUUCGACUUCCGCCGCUACAAUAACCUCGACGCCUACGUGGACGACCUCCUCGCCAUACUCGACGCGCUACGCAUCCCGCGCUGCGCCUUCGUCGGCCACUCCGUCUCCGCCAUGAUCGGCAUCCUCGCCUCCAUCCGUCGCCCCGACCUCUUCGCCAAGCUCGUCCUCAUCGGCGCCUCGCCUAGGUUCCUGAACGACAGCGACUACCACGGCGGGUUCGAGGUGGCGGAGAUCCAGCAGGUGUUCGACGCGAUGUCGGCAAACUACGAGGCGUGGGCGACGGGGUACGCGCCGCUGGCGGUGGGCGCCGACGUGCCCGCGGCGGUGCAGGAGUUCAGCCGGACGCUCUUCAACAUGCGGCCGGACAUCUCCCUCUACGUCUGCCAGAGCGUCUUCAAGACGGACCUCCGCGGCGUGCUCGGCAUGGUGCAGGCGCCCUGCGUCGUCGUGCAGACCACGCGCGACGUCUCCGUCCCGGCCUCCGUCGCCGCCUACCUCAAGGCGCACCUCGGCGGCCGCACCACCAUCGAGCCUCUGCCCACGGAGGGCCACCUCCCGCACCUCAGCGCCCCUAGCCUCCUCGCCCAGGUGCUCCGCCGCGCGCUCGCCCGGUAUUAGCUAGAGAAAGGUCAAAAGAAAAAAAACAGAGAGAAGAAAAGCUGCCCGCUGGUUUCACUUCACAGGCUAGCAUAGCACGUACGGUGUGGUACGUGAACGCCAGGCUACUCUACUCCGUAGUUCUCUUCGAUAUCUUCUUUUUACCGCUUCGAUUUUACUCGCUCCUGUCAAAAGACUAAGAAAUGGCGCGAGUGCUGUGUGUGUGCGCCAACGAAUUGCUGCCAAGAGUGUACUGUAGCGCGUACGACUGCUCAAAUUUUCAUCUCAGCUUACUUCAAGAUUUUUUUUU